ACUUUUUUUUUUUUUUCCAACAGCAAAAGAUUUUUAUUUAUAUUUUCCAUAUUUGAGAGAGAGAGAGGGAGAAAUGUACGGUCAAUAAUCCUCGUACCUCAAAACUCACAGAAGCUGCUAUGCUAUUGGUCAACAAUGGAGAAGAAGAACAACAACAACAUCAAUUCCAGUUUGUUGUUUUAGUUACGAAAUGGAGCUGUUGACCUCUUCAACUACGACUUUGUUUCCGAUUAGAAUAGUAAAUAAAUUUAGAGGAGGUAGAAAGAAGAGGGUAUCAUUGUGGUCUCAACAAGCAGGAGGAGUAUCGAUAAGGUGCUCAGCAGAGCAGAGUAGUAGUAGUAGUAGUAGUAGUAGCAAAAGGAUUGAUCAUGGCAGAAGAGAAGGAGAGAGUACUGGAAGUAGAGGAGGAGGAGGAGGUGGGUUCACGAGUCCUGCCAUGGAAGUCACCACCUUUGAUCGGAGCUUUGGGGACACAUCUGAGUUUCCUGUUUGGGAAAAGAUUGGUGCUGUUGUCAGACUCAGCUACGGAAUCGGUAUAUAUGGUGCAAUGGCUCUAGCGGGAAGGUUCAUAUGCUCAGUCACUGGAAUCGAUUCAAUGGGAGGCUUCCAUCCAUCUUUAGACGCCAUACUAGAAGGGCUUGGAUAUGCUGCUCCUCCAAUCAUGGUCCUUCUGUUCAUUCUUGAUGAUGAAGUUGUGAAGUUUUCACCUCACGCUCGUGCCAUCAGAGAUGUGGAGGAUGAGGAGCUAUGGAGCUUCUUUUAUGGAAUGUCUCCUUGGCAGUUUAUACUAAUUGUUGCUGCAAGCUCAGUGGGAGAGGAGCUAUUUUACCGAGCUGCCCUUCAGGGAGCGUUGGCUGAUAUAUUUCUAAGGGGCACUGAUCUAGUAACUGAUGCUCGAGGAAUGGCAUCUCUGACAGGGGUGUUGCCUCCUUUUGUCCCAUUUGCUCAGGCAUUUGCAGCUGUAAUUACAGCUGCCCUCACAGGUUCUCUCUAUUAUGUGGCUGCCUCUCCAAAAGAUCCUACAUAUGUUGUUGCACCAGUUUUGGAAUCUCGCUCUGGUCGUGAAGAGCUGAAAAAGCUCUUUGCAGCCUGGUAUGAGAAGAGGAAAAUGAAAAAGAUCUAUUCUCCUCUCUUGGAAGGGCUGCUGGCACUCUACCUUGGUUUUGAAUGGAUCCAGACGAAUAAUAUUCUUGCACCCAUUAUCACUCAUGGUAUAUACUCUGCCGUUAUAUUGGGACAUGGUCUUUGGAAAAUACAUGACCACCGGCGAAGACUACGCCAAAGAAUCCAGCAGCUUAAAUUAGAUAACAAGAACUAAAUUAACUUAUGGAGCUGUACAAUGAGAAGUAAACUAUGCGUGAAGAAAAUUUGUAUAGUACAUAUCAGAGUUGUACAAGUUUAAUAGUUGUAUAAUAUACUACUUCGUAUAGUAACAAUAUAUAAGUUGAAGAUUACAAGAA